AUGCCGCCGUCGUCGUACCGCACCGUCGGGUUCAACGGCUACGCUGUGAAGUUUUCCCCGUUCGUGCCGCACAGAAUCGCGAUAUCGGCGUCGCAAAACUUUGGAAUCAUCGGUAACGGCGCGCAAAUCAUCGGCGAUGUCGACCCGCUGACGGGAAAUUUCAUCGAAUUGUGCCGGUUUCACACGCGCGAUGGGGUGUACGACUGCGCGUGGAGCGAAGGACACGAAAAUGUCAUCAUCAGCGCGUGCGGAGACGGGAGCGUGAAGGUUUGGGACAUCGCGAACGGGCCGCAGGCGAACCCGCUGCGAAGCCUGCACGAACACACGCACGAGGUGUACGCGGCGUCUUGGAAUUUGGCGGGCGGAAGAGACACGUUCUUGACGGCGUCAUGGGAUGAUACGAUUAAGUUGUGGAAUUUAGAGCGCGGUGAGAGCAUGCGGACGUUCGCGGAACACGCGUAUUGCGUGUACGCGGCGGAGUGGAGCCCGCACCACGCGGAUAUUUUCGCGAGCGCGUCGGGGGAUUGUUUGCUGAAGAUUUGGGAUCUUCGACAGCCGCACGCGACGCUGAGCGUACCUGUGCACGAUUAUGAGACGUUGUGUUGCGAUUGGAACAAGUGGAACGACUGCGUGAUCGCCACGGGGAGCGUGGACAAGACGGUGCGGUUGUGGGAUAUUCGGAACCCGUCGCGAGAGUUGCACACUUUGGUCGGGCACGAUUACGCCGUGCGUCGGGUGAAGUGCUCGCCGCACGCGGAAAACGUCGUGUACACGUGUUCGUACGACAUGACGGUGGGAAUGUGGGAUUGGAAGUCACCCGCGCCGCUGCUGAAUCGUUGGGGGCAUCACACCGAGUUCGCCGUCGGGCUAGACACGUCGUGUUUGGUGGAGGGAUUAGUGGCGUCGUGUGGGUGGGAUGAGAUGGUACACGCUUGGAACACGGUUGAUGGAAGCCCGCCACCGAUUGCGGCGAUGAUGCGCGCGCCUCAGGCUUAUCCUCCCAUGGCGACGGCGUCGCCGGCUCCCGUGGCGUGA